AUGGCCAGCAGCAAGCACCCCAACGAGGCAAACCCCCCCGCCCUCACGAACCAGAAGCCCAAGACCUUUGACAAACCGUCACCAAAACCCAACAGCUCUGACAAAGCCACCCACGGCUCCCUGACAUCGACAUCCGCAGGCAGCGGCCAAGGUCCGACAACCGUCCUCCAAGGUCGUGGAGGAAGCGGGGGCGGCAGCGGCGAGGCGAGUUCUGACAGCGGCCAACGCGAAGCUUCGGCCUUGCACAAAUGGCUGGAGCAGACGCCACGAGAUGAGCCGUGGAGGCCGGAAAGGUGA